AUGAAAGCGAAACAUAAUCUCACACACAUAAACGUGAUUACUAUAGCAAUCGGCUUUGAUUUGACCGAGUCGGAAUCACUACUUUCAACUACUUUCAACACAAAGAGCACUGACGAACAAAGAAAGAGAAAAAAAAGUUUAAAAAGCAGUGCAAAGUUAAGUUAUGAAAGUAGGAUACCUGUUCUCACAACAACUUACUUGGUGGUGCAAAAAGAGUAA